AUGUACCUUUUACCUAAAUGUGUCGACGAGCUAAAAUACAGUGAUUUUUGGGAGUCUAUGGAGGAGCCUUCGUUAAAAAAGUUCUUAGAUUUCCGAUUAAAAGAAAACGAUUUGAAAGAUAGAGAUACAGAGCACCGUCAAUACAAAACCGAAUUGGAAAUUAUUCAAAGUUACCAUGGUAAAAAUUCUGAAAUUGGGGCUAAGGCGAAAAGUUUGUUAAAACAAUUUAAGAAUGAUAAAUCAUCAGAUCAGAUAAACCAUUUUUGGAAUAUUCAAUUGAAAAGAAAAAAUAUUCUAGCGGAGUUAAAGUUGCUUGAAGAUAAAUGCAAAUUACUCGAUAAGGAACAGAACGAACUGGAGAACCAGAUAUGUCUUGAACAGACCAAACAUAUUCUAGAUGCAACGAAAAAGACCGUAGGUCAAGGUCUUUUCUUGCAAAAAUCAAUUGUCAAAAGAUUUGAAAAACGCAUAUUAGAUACCGAGCAACAAAUAGUGGAAGUGGAAACUUUAACUGGAUUUCAAACACCAAUACGACAUGUUACACCAAAAGAUGAUGAAGAAACAGGAACGUCAAUCUACGAUACUUCCCCAACACACAUUCGUAAGCGACCAGAACCGAAUCCCUUUUUUGUCAGUUCACAAGGAACAAAGCGUGGCCGAGAUGUGGAGGAAGAAGAGGAUGACGAAUAUAAUGCCGACCAAACGAUCAUUGGUGGAAAAAGCACUGAUUGGAUUGUAAAUGGGGUUCAUAUCAGAGAAUGCCUAACACAAUAUCAACUUGACAAAAAUCCGCCAAAAACGAAGUCAGAGUAUUAUGACAUUAUUUUCUUCAAUUCAAAUGACAAGGACGGUUUCUUAAGUACAUUAGAUGAAAGUAUCGUUGAACAGAUGCGUAAUGACAUAAGGAGGAAAGAAGAAAAAACGAAAGAUAAUAUCGAGCAAGAUAUUAAGAUAUUUCUAGAUAAUAUUAUUGAUCGUGAUAUCAAAAACACUAAAGAAAAACUCAAGCAACAAAAAGAACAACAUAUUGCUUCAUUUGAGAAAGUCUUUGCGUUGGAAUUCGUGAGUCACAUGAUAAAACUAAUGGAAAAUGUGAAUUGGCUUACCGAACCGAUGUCUGAGGGAACGUAUAUAGUCAACGUUUUAGCGCCCAUCCUUUCGGAAUUCUUUACUAAAAAUAAAGAAUAUUGGUGUGUUUCAUACGGUGAAACGUGUCUUAUGGCAAGUGCAAGGGAUCGCAAUUCCAACAAGGCAGAUGAUGAACGCCGAUCUAAUGGGAAAAAAAUUGAUACUAUUAUUUCCUUAAGAGAAGAAGAUAAAGAGUUUUCAGUUACUGAAGUGAGUGGCCCUCCGAUGAAAAAUGAUUGGGCACAUUUUAAGGGGGAUCGGAUGAAGAUAGCAAAAAUGCUAAAGACUUUAAUGAACCAGUUUGCAGAACUUAACCCGAGUUCGGAUAUUACAUUGAUCAGGCUAUACGGGCUACAGUCAUAUUUAAAUGAGCUGACCAUUUAUGAGUUUCAACUAAAAUAUACGGAAAUCUAUACCAUGGAAAUAAUAUUAACAUUUCCGUUACCUAAGACAUGGGCGGACAUGGCAAAGGCUCAUAAAACAGUAACGGGCUUGUUAGAGUAUGAGCGUUUAUUGUUUGAAAGCAUGGAAACAAUAAAAGACUUCAUGUGGAGCAAAGGUGGACCUAAGAAGAUGACUACGAGAAUGAUUAAUUCUCCUCCUAAAAGCGUCGAGAAAACUAAGUGCACUGUGACUACGAAGAAAACCAAGAGCACUGCGACUACAAAGAAAAAUAAGAGCACUAUUACCGCAAAAAAAACCAAGAAAGCAAGGAUUUAG